GUCACGUAGGGCAUGGAGCUGGAGAACCAUAAAGAGCCUGUGGUGCUGAGAGAGGACACCUGCCGCAGGCGCCGGAGGCUGAAGCCGCGCAGCACGGCGGCCAGCCUGUCCUCCAUGGAGCUCAUCCCCAUCGAGUUCGUGCUGCCCACCAGCCGACGCAACACCGAGACCCCCGAAACGGCGCUGCUGCAUGUGGCCGGCCACGGCAACGUGGAGCAGAUGAAGGCCCAGGUGUGGCUGCGCGUGCUGGAGACCAGCGUGGCCGCCGACUUCUACCACCGGCUGGGCCCCGACCACUUCCUCCUGCUCUACCAGAAGAAGGGGCAGUGGUACGAGAUCUAUGACAAGUACCAGGUGGUGCAGACCCUGGACUGCCUGCGCUACUGGAAGGUGCUGCACCGGAGCCCCGGGCAGAUCCACCUGGUGCAGCGGCACGCGCCCUCGGAGGAGACGCUGGCCUUCCAGCGCCAGCUCACGGCCCUCAUUGGCUACGACGUCACAGAUGUCAGCAAUGUGCAUGAUGACGAGCUGGAGUUCACACGCCGCCGCCUGGUCACCCCGCGCAUGGCCGAGGUGGCUGGCCGCGACCCCACGCUCUACGCCAUGCACCCCUGGGUGACGUCCAAGCCGCUCCCUGAGCACCUGCUGAAGAAGAUCACCAACAACUGCAUCUUCAUCAUCAUCCACCGUAGCACCACCAGCCAGACCAUCAAGGUCUCGGCUGAUGACACCCCGGGCACCAUCCUCCAGAGCUUCUUUACCAAAAUGGCCAAGAAAAAGUCCCUGAUGGAUAUCCCCGAGAGCCAGAAUGAAGAGGACUUCGUGCUGCGUGUCUGCGGCCGUGAUGAGUACCUCGUGGGCGAGACGCCCAUCAAAAACUUCCAAUGGGUGCGGCAGUGCCUUAAGAAUGGUGAAGAGAUUCACCUGGUGCUUGACACUCCGCCGGACCCAGCCCUGGACGAGGUGAGGAAGGAAGAGUGGCCGCUGGUGGAUGACUGCACUGGCGUCACCGGCUACCAUGAGCAGCUGACCAUCCAUGGAAAGGACCACGAGAGCGUGUUCACUGUGUCCCUGUGGGACUGUGACCGCAAGUUCAGGGUCAAGAUCAGGGGCAUCGACAUCCCCGUCCUGCCCCGGAAUGCAGAUCUCACGGUUUUUGUGGAGGCAAACAUCCAGUAUGGGCAGCAAGUCCUUUGCCAAAGAAGAACCAGCCCCAAACCCUUCACGGAGGAGGUGCUCUGGAAUGUGUGGCUUGAGUUCAGUAUCAAGAUCAAAGACUUACCCAAAGGGGCUCUGCUCAACCUCCAGAUCUACUGUGGCAAAGCGCCGGUUCUGUCUGGUAAGGCCUCUGCAGAGACUCCCAGUCCCGAGUCCAGAGGCAAAGCUCAGCUUCUCUACUACGUGAACCUGCUGCUCAUCGACCACCGAUUCCUCCUGCGCCGUGGUGAGUACGUGCUCCACAUGUGGCAGCUAUCUGGGAAGGGGGAAGACCAAGGGAGCUUCAAUGCGGACAAGCUCACAUCUGCCACCAACCCCGACAAGGAAAACUCAAUGUCCAUCUCCAUUCUCCUGGACAAUUACUGUCACCCCAUAGCCUUGCCUAAGCAUCAGCCCACCCCUGACCCGGAAGGGGACCGGGUACGAGCAGAAAUGCCCAACCAACUUCGGAAGCAACUGGAGGCCAUCAUAGCCACUGAUCCACUUAACCCUCUCACUGCAGAAGACAAAGAAUUGCUUUGGCAUUUCAGAUAUGAAAGCCUUAAGGAUCCCAAAGCAUACCCUAAGCUCUUUAGCUCAGUGAAAUGGGGACAGCAAGAAAUUGUGGCCAAAACAUAUCAAUUGUUAGCCAGAAGGGAGGUCUGGGAUCAAAGUGCUUUGGAUGUUGGAUUAACGAUGCAACUCCUAGACUGCAACUUUUCGGAUGAAAACGUAAGAGCCAUUGCAGUUCAGAAACUGGAGAGCUUGGAAGAUGAUGACGUUCUGCAUUACCUGCUCCAACUGGUCCAGGCUGUGAAAUUUGAACCAUACCAUGACAGUGCCCUUGCCAGAUUUCUGCUGAAGCGUGGUUUAAGAAACAAAAGAAUUGGUCACUUCUUGUUUUGGUUCUUGAGAAGUGAGAUUGCCCAGUCAAGACACUAUCAGCAGAGGUUUGCAGUGAUCCUGGAGGCCUACCUGAGGGGCUGCGGCACGGCCAUGCUACGGGACUUCACUCAACAAGUCCAAGUAAUCGACAUGUUACAAAAGGUCACCAUGGACAUUAAAUCACUCUCUGCCGAAAAGUAUGACGUCAGCUCCCAAGUUAUUUUCCAACUAAAGCAAAAGCUUGAAAUCCUGCAGAAUUUGAAUCUCCCCCAAAGCUUUAGAGUUCCAUAUGACCCUGGACUGAAGGCAGGCGCACUGGUGAUUUUACGAAUCAUGGAGUCCAUUUGGGAGACUGAAUCUUUGGAUCUGUGCCUCCUGCCAUAUGGUUGCAUUUCAACUGGUGACAAAAUAGGAAUGAUUGAGAUUGUCAAAGAUGCCACAACCAUCGCCAAAAUUCAGCAAAGCACAGUGGGCAACACGGGAGCCUUUAAAGAUGAAGUGCUGAGUCACUGGCUCAAAGAAAAAUGCCCUAUUGAAGAAAAGUUUCAGGCAGCGGUGGAGAGAUUUGUUUAUUCCUGUGCUGGCUACUGUGUGGCAACCUUUGUUCUUGGGAUAGGCGACAGACACAAUGACAAUAUUAUGAUCUCAGAGACAGGAAAUCUAUUUCAUAUUGACUUUGGGCACAUUCUUGGAAAUUAUAAAAGUUUCCUGGGCAUUAAUAAAGAGAGAGUGCCAUUCGUGCUAACUCCAGACUUCCUGUUUGUGAUGGGGACUUCUGGAAAGAAAACAAGUCUACACUUCCAGAAAUUUCAGGAUGUGUGUGUCAAGGCUUACCUAGCCCUUCGUCAUCACACAAAUCUACUGAUCAUUCUGUUCUCCAUGAUGUUGAUGACAGGAAUGCCCCAGUUAACCAGCAAAGAAGAUAUCGAAUACAUUCGGGAUGCCCUAACAGUAGGGAAGAGCGAGGAGGAUGCUAAAAAGUAUUUUCUGGAUCAGAUUGAAGUUUGCAGGGACAAAGGAUGGACUGUGCAGUUUAACUGGUUCUUACAUCUUGUUCUUGGCAUCAAACAAGGAGAGAAACAUUCAGCCUAAUACUUUGGGCUAGAAUUAAAAAGCUAUAAGUAA